GCGGUGCGCCAUGUCCAAUUCGACGCUGUACGUCUUUUUAAUACUGUUUUUCGCUGUAACUAAUGUUUACAGCGGAAAACAUAAACCGAAAUUCAGCGAUGAAAUCAAGGAAAUAAUACAACAUAUACAUAACGAGUGCGUUGGAAAAACCGGGGCGGCGGAGGAGGAUAUACAGAAUUGCGAAAACGGCAUAUUUAAGGACGACCCGAAAUUGAAGUGCUAUAUGUUUUGCCUGUUGGAGGAAGCGAGUCUCGUGGACGACGAUGGAAUAGUUGACUACGAUAUGAUGAUCAGUUUGAUUCCAGAGGACUAUUACGAUCCGGUCUCCAAAAUGAUCUUUACCUGCAAACAUUUAGAUACGCCGGAUAAAGAUAAAUGUCAACGAGCUUUCGACGUCCACAAAUGCUCGUACGAAAAGAACCCUGAUGUAAGAGCGAUAUCAACAAUUUCAUACGAUGCCCAGCUAUUUUUGACCUUAAAAUGGUGGAGCUAGUUUUUACGCUGUAGUUGCUUCUUUACAUCGUUUCAUUAGUAAAAGAUAGUUCUUUAAAAUUCCUAGCAAUCAGUUUAAUAAUAAUCUACCGAUUCCUUUUGUUUCAGCUUUACUUCUUAUUUUAAGGCUUUAAGCUAACGAGGGGGAGAAGCUU